AUGUCAAAAUAUUCAAUAGAAUGGUUUGAAAAGACCAAUGAUGAACACAAAAUAGAUAUUUACGAUUAUGAACAAUUCGGAGAUUCUAUUAAAAUCGGAGAAGGCGGAUUCGGAACAGAUCCUGCAAAGCGCCCUAAAAUUGAUGAUAUAAUCGAUGACUUGAAUCGACCUAUUUCUGAAGAAGUGUAUCAUAGCGAAAGAACUACAUAUGAUGAUAAAUGGUUUCAAAAAGCUAUAUCUGAGUUGCACAUUAAUACUUUUCCAUAUAACGCUUUCACGGACAUUGAACGUAUUGGGCAAGGUGGAUUUGCUAAUGUAUAUAAAGCUGUAUGGAGAGAUUGCGACAUGACGGUUGCUCUAAAAAGAAUUCAUUCUUCAGAAGAGAAUGAAGAGCUGAUUAAAGAGAUUGAACUACUUCGAAAGGUUAGUCAUCACCCGAAUAUCGUCGACUUUUAUGGAAUUUCUAAAAGUAUUUAUGAUAAUUAUUAUGUAUUAGUCCUAAAAUUUGCAGAUGGAGGGACAUUACGAAAUUAUCUACAAAAUUUUUGGCAUAAAUUAAUGUGGAAAGACAAAAUACGUAUUGCCAUUGAAAUAUCAAAGGGUCUUAUGUUUCUACAUAAUAAUGAUAUCGUUCAUCGUGACCUUCACCCUAAUAACAUUCUAGUGCAUGAAGAAAAAAUAUUGAUUACAGAUUUUGGCUUAUCAAAACUGGGCAUUGAUUCAUUGAUCAACAUAGAUAAUAGCUUAAAUGAGCCAUUAGAAACUUCAAAUUCGGAACUAGUGGGACUUAUUGCGUUUAUCGAGCCUCUAUGUUUUCAAAACACAAUUUAUAUACGUGACAAAAGAUCCGACAUUUAUAGUUUAGGGGUAAUUCUUUGGGUAAUUUCAAGUUGUCAUUCACCUUUUGAAGGAAUAUCAUAUAUAUCGCUUAUUCAUAAAAUCAUUGAUGGAUUAAGAGAAAACGAAGUACCAGGCACGCCGGUUGCUUAUACUCGACUGUAUAAUGAAUGUUGGAGUGGUGAUCCUGAUGAUCGUCCUUCGAUAAAAUCAGUUAUUGAACGUUUGAAAAAUAUUACUUUUAACGAUUCGGAUGAUUUUGCAAAUCAAACCUUCUUACAAUCUUCAAAUCUAACGAAUAAUAAUCAACUCAGCGAUUCUGUGCCAUCCCCAUAUAUAACGGAUAAUAGUCGAUUCUUGGAAUCCCUAGAUCUGGACAAUAUUCAAUUUAGCUAUGACAUCCCUUAA